UUCGAGCACUUUUGACGGUUAUUCGGGCAGUUUGCGUGUUUUGAUUGCAAAACAGCUGCGGUGAUCUCAAAGAAUCUCGUUUUAAGGUAGUUUGUAGGAAUAUUAUUGUGCUUAGAGCACUAGUGAGAAAGUGUUUGAGUGAGAUCGUGGCUAUCAGAGAAUGAGCAAUGUUCGUAAUCUCAGUUUUUAAUUGCUUUUCGUGUGAGACAGUAGAUUUUUCUUGAACAUGUCGUUAAGAGAUGGACUUCUAUUGGGCCUGGGAAAUCCCCUGCUGGACAUCUCAGCUGUGGUCGAUGAGACCUUCCUGAAGAAGUACGAACUCCAGCCGGACAAUGCCAUCCUGGCGGACGAGAAGCAUAAGCCAAUGUACAGCGAAUUGAUUGAGAAUUACAAUGCCGAAUUUAUUGCCGGUGGUUCUGUCCAGAAUACUCUCCGGGUGGCCGAAUGGAUACUCCAGAGAGGCAAUGUGGCGGUAUUCUUUGGGUGUGUUGGUCAGGAUAAGUAUGCCAAAAUCCUCGAAGAUUGCGCCCAUGCAGCUGGACUCAAUGUCCAAUUUCAGUACACCAAAGAUGCCCCUACGGGUACUUGUGGUGUCCUCAUCACGGGACAUCACAGAUCUCUCUGUGCGAAUCUCGCAGCCGCCAAUAACUUUACCAUUGAUCACCUGGAGAAACCCGAAAAUCAGGUGCAUCUGCAAAAUGCUGAAUUCUUCUACGUCUCCGGAUUCUUCCUCACCGUUAGCCCACCUUCAAUCCUGGCUGUAGCCAGACAUGCCCUGGAAUUCAACAAGAUGUUCAUGUUCAAUCUCAGUGCUCCCUUCCUCUCGCAGUUCUUCAAGGAACCCCUCAUGCAGGUUCUGCCCUAUGUGGACAUCCUCUUCGGCAAUGAAACGGAGGCUGAGACAUUUGCGCGAGAACAGAAUCUCGGCACGUGCGAUGUCCGGGAGAUUGCCAAGCAGAUGGCUGCAAUCCCGAAGGUCAACACGAAGAGAUCUCGGAUUGUGGUGAUCACUCAGGGUGCCAGGCCAGUGCUGGUGGUUGAGGAUGGAGUUGUGCAUGAAUUUCCCGUACGUAAGCUCGAUAUGGCUGAGGUUGUGGACACAAAUGGUGCUGGAGAUGCCUUUGUGGGGGGCUUCAUAAGUCAAUUGGUGCAGAAGAAGCCACUGGAAGUGUGCGUGAAUUGCGGUAUCUGGGCUGCCCAGAAGAUUAUCCGAAAUUCCGGAUGUACUUUCGAGGGAAAGCCAGACUUUGAUCUGUGAGAAAUUUUUAGGGGCAAAAAAUAAAGUUCAGAUCUAAGCAAUAA